ACCAACCUCUCAGACUGUUAAAGGUGAGCUCUUACCCCAGGAACCCGUCGACCCAGCUGUCGGAUCCUUCUUUCCGCCCUCUGUCAGUGUGUGUGAAUCCUGCCGUCCACCUCCCACUUCACUACAAAGCACCAGCCCACACCUUCUCACCCGUCUCUCACAGCGCUCUCUCUCUCUCUCCGUCUGUCCGCCUCUUUUUCCCACAUACUCUACUCACUCCAUCCAUCAGUCCACCUCUACCAUCGUAGUACUUUGAGCAUCAAUUGACUCUCUGCAUUGACAGAAGCGUCCAGUCCGCACUCGCCACCGCCUUCACCAUGCAGUACCAGAUCCUCCUUGCAGCUUCUCUGGCUGCUUUCGCCCACGCCCAGACCAUUGUCACCUCGAGUGCCUCCUCGGUCGCAGCCUCUACCACCGAGUCGCAGGUGAUGCCUCCGGCGGCUACCGCUGCCUUUAACCCUGCUGGAAUUGAUUCCACGACUGCAUUCAACUGGUGCCAUGCUCAGCUGAACACUUGUCCCCAGAUCUGCGGCGGUUCUGCUUCUCAAAACCAGUGUGAUCAGAACGCCUUUACCUACACCUGCGUUUGCGCCAACGGCACCGUGCCAGAUUGCACCGCCUUCAUCGAGACUCUUCCCUUCUACAUCUGUCAAGAAACCUACGCCCAGUGCAUCAACAACCACCCCAAUGAUGCACAGGGACAGGCAACAUGCGCCCAGAACGAGCAAUGUGGCACUCGUAAUGCGACCGCCGAAGCCAUUGCGCAAACGUCUGCUGCCCAGGCCUCUUCGGUCUCAUCCACCUCCUCGGCUCCUGCGUCGUCGCAUUCCGCUUCCGCGGCCAGCACUGGCUCUGGCUCCAGCUCUGCCUCGGCUACUGGAUCCAGUGCCUCUGCCACCGGCGGUGCUGCCAUUGGCGUCUCUCAGCAGGUUGCCACAGGCGCCUUCGCAGCUGUCCUCAUGGCCGUCUUCAAGCUGCUGGUCUAGGCUCCGACUGCUUCGCCUUGCAAUUUCGAGCUACAAGCAUCAGGUGCCUUCAGUUCGUCCCAAUGCUUUAAUACUUGGACAGAGUUUUGCGUCUCGGGGGCACUGGAAAACCGGAAAAGCAUCAUGGUUCAGACGAGAAGAAUAUUGGUGACCGUUUCAGAUUCAUGGAUGAUGGAGGCAUGACUUGGUUUUGAAUCAUGUCAGAAUGGUCAACGGAGUGGAGUGACGAUAUCAGAAGUGAGCGAUGAUGAUUUAUGUUUUUAAGCGUGUCGGCUUGCGGCCAACAGCACUUUCAAUCCUUUAGCGAGCGCGUUUGUGUGGGCUUCAGUUUUGGGGCUGGAGUGGGAAUAGUACUAUUGCACAGAGAUCCAAAAGCAGAUAGAGUGCUUUUAAUUAAUGUCAAUGAGAGAGGGUGAGACAUGAUACUGUUUCUCUUCCCCGGAUCUGCAUUGAAGGAUCA